AUGAUCCGUCCCCUGCUCUGGGAAGACGUGCGCGGGUUUCUCGCUCGAGGAGGCACCCUCAUUGGGUCCGCACGAUGCGCCCGGUUUCGCGAACGCGAGGGCCGACUCCAAGCUGCCAAGAACAUGGUCCUAUCGGGCAUUGACGCUCUGAUCGUUUGUGGCGGAGAUGGAAGUCUCACUGGCGCCGACUUGUUUCGCUCCGAGUGGUCUGGGCUGCUUAAAGAGCUCGUUGAAAUGGGCACUCUAUCGGCCGCGCAAGUCGCGCCUCAUCAGACGCUGAAUAUUGUGGGCUUGCUGGGCUCCAUCGAUAACGACUUCUACGGCACGGAUGCUACGAUCGGUUGCUAUUCGGCGUUGACGCGUAUCUGCGAGUCCAUUGACGCCGUCUUCGACACGGCCUCCUCCCACUGUCGGGGCUUUGUGAUCGAGGUCAUGGGGAGACAUUGCGGAUGGCUGGCGCUGAUGGCGGCCAUUGCCACGGGCGCGGAUUGGUUGUUUAUUCCUGAGCGGCCUCCUCGGGAGGGCUGGGAAGAUGAUAUGUGUUCGAUCAUUAUGAAGAAUCGCAAGCAAGGAAAACGACGCACCAUCGUGAUCAUCGCCGAAGGGGCGCAGGACAGCGAGUUGAAUCACAUCGCCUCGUCCACCGUCAAGGACGUCCUCAGCUCCCGCCUCGGUCUCGACACUAGAGUUACAGUACUAGGCCAUAUUCAGCGGGGCGGAACACCCUGUUUCUACGAUCGCUGGCUUGCAACCAUGCAGGGAAUCAAGGCCGUCCAGGCGGUACUGGAUAUGACCCCCGACACCCCUUCGCCAGUCGUGACUAUCCAGGAAGACAAAAUUGCGCUCUCCAAUCUUUCCGAAACUGUCGCUGGUACCAAGAAAGUCAGCCUUCACAUGCAAGCGAAAGAUUUCCAAGCAGCGAUGAAACUUCGGGACCCUGAGUUCUUAGAAUACCAUAAAGCCUAUCGGCAUUUGAACGCGGCUGACUAUCGCAAGAUGAUAGUCCCGCCGGAGAAGCAAAUGCGCGUUGCCAUCAUUCAUGUUGGAGGCCCCGCGGGGGGCAUGAAUCCCGCGACUCGUGCGGCUGUUGCUUACUGCUUGGCCAAAGGACAUACCCCCAUUGCAAUUCAUAACGGAUUCCCCGGUCUCUGUCGCCAUCAUGCAGACAAGCCCAUCGGGUCUGUGCGAGAAGUAGAAGUGUUAGAGUCGGACGAUUGGUUGAACCUUGGAGGGUCAGACAUCGGGACCAACUGCGGAUUGCCCUCGGAGGAUAUGCAUACGACCGCCAAGUGUUUCGAACUGUACCGGUUCGAUGCUCUCUUCGUGAUCGGCGGCUUCGAGGCUUUUACGGCGAUUAGCCAGCUCCGCCUGGCGCGCGAAGUGUAUCCUGCCUUCCGAAUCCCGCUUAUCCUUCUCCCGGCCAGCGUGUCCAAUAAUGUCCCCGGCACGGAAUACUCGCUGGGAAGCGAUACGAGCCUGAAUACACUGGUGACAUUCUGCGACGUCAUCCGACAGUCCGCCUCGUCGUCCGGCCACUGCGUCUUCGUGGUGGAAGCCCAGGGCGCCGACUCUGGAUACCUCGCGACACUGGCCGGGCUCGCCGUCGGAGCAGCGACGGUGUACACACCCGACCGGAAAAUUAACCUCGCCCGGCUGUCCGGCGAUGUGGCGUAUCUGCGUCAGCAGUUCGGACAAGACCACGGCGCCAACCAAGCUGGCAAGAUCAUCAUUCGCAACGAGCGCACCUCGCCCAUCUACACCACCGAGAUGAUCGCAAAGAUCCUGCAGGACGAGGGGAACAACCGGUUCCAAGCGCAGGGGGUGGUCCCGGGCCAUUUCCAGCAGGGGGGACAUGUGUCACCUAUCGACCGCAUCCGCGCGUUUCGCAUGGCUGUCAAAUGCAUGGAACAUUUAGAGAGUUUUGCUGGCCGUUCGGCGGAUGAGAUCAUGGCCGAUGAGGAUUCUGUCACUGUUAUUGGAUUUAAAGACUCGCAUGUGCAACUCUCGCCUUUUGGCGGAUUGACUGGCGUGGAGGCCACUGAUACGAACUGGGCGCACCAGCGGCCGGUCCACGAGCCCUGGUUGAAGCUUCAACACGUCGUGGACGCAUUGUCAGGAAGAGCCUCUAACGGGGGUGUCUUAGGGGCGUAA